GGGUUGAUUCGAGUCCCGUCGGUGCGUGUAGUUUGUGGUGGCAGAGGGGGGCGGGGAUGGUGUCUUGUGCUACUAACCUGGUUGUGGUCGCCCUGUGGCUGACGGGCUGUUGCAUUCGGUGCGAUCCGGUGGAGGCCGGGCAGGCUGCAGCUGGCUCUGAGACACAGGCUCUCCUGGAGCACAGGGCCAGUCAGCAGCGAGAUGGUGCUCAAUCCCAGGCGGUUAGUCACAGUGACACAUCUGCGGAAAAUGGAAAGAAAGGAGAUCAGGACAGGAUGUCAAGUAAUAUCACAGAACAAAAUAACACACUACAGACCACCUCCGUUACCAUUACCACUAUUACUACUCCAAUACUGGUUCCACCAACUCCACCAAAACCUAUAUUGCCUCUGCAGACGGGGGCUGAAGCACAACAAGAAGAACAGUCAAGUGGAAUGACUAUAUUCUUUAGUCUGCUUAUAUUAGCUAUUUGCAUCAUAUUGGUGCGGCUGCUAAUCAAAUAUAAACUGCAUUUUCUGCCAGAAAGUGUGGCAGUUGUGUCAUUAGGGAUCUUAAUGGGAGCUGUGAUUAAAAUUAUUGAAUCACAGCACUGGGCUAACUGGAAGGAAGAAGAAAUGUUUCGACCAAACAUGUUCUUUCUUUUGUUGCUUCCGCCUAUUAUAUUUGAGUCUGGAUACUCAUUACACAAGGGUAACUUUUUCCAAAAUAUUGGAUCCAUUACACUUUUUGCUGUGUUUGGCACAGCAAUAUCAGCUUUCAUUGUAGGUGGUGGGGUUUACUUUCUUGGUAAGGCUGAAGUUAUCUAUAAGCUCACAGUGACAGACAGUUUUGCCUUUGGUUCCCUAAUAUCUGCUGUUGACCCAGUUGCUACAAUUGCCAUUUUUAAUGCUCUGAAUGUGGAUCCUGUUCUGAACAUGUUAGUAUUUGGAGAGAGUAUCCUUAAUGAUGCAGUUUCCAUUGUCCUAACAAACACGGCAGAAGGCUUAGCCAGAGCGAAUGCACCUGAUGUGAGUGGAUGGCAAACCUUCCUACAAGCAUUGGGCUACUUCCUCAAGAUGUUUUUUGGAUCUGCAGCACUUGGAACGCUCACUGGUCUCAUCUCUGCAUUGCUAUUAAAGCACAUAGACCUCAGAAAGACACCGUCACUUGAGUUUGGAAUGAUGAUAAUCUUUGCCUAUCUUCCUUAUGGGCUUGCAGAAGGUAUAAAGUUGUCUGGAAUCAUGGCUAUUCUGUUUUCUGGCAUUGUGAUGUCGCAUUAUGCUCACCAUAACCUCUCACCAGUUACUCAAAUCCUAAUGCAGCAGACACUGCGAACUGUUGCUUUUAUGUGUGAGACUUGUGUUUUUGCUUACAUUGGAUUGGCAAUAUUCAGUUUUCCUCACAAGUUUGAGAUCUCCUUUGUUAUCUGGUGUAUUGUUCUUGUCUUAUUUGGCAGAGCAGUGAAUAUCUUUCCCCUGUCCUACCUUCUGAACUUCUUUCGAGAUCAUAAAAUUACCCCCAAAAUGAUGUUUGUUAUGUGGUUUAGUGGUCUGCGUGGUGCCAUUCCUUAUGCUUUGAGCCUACAUUUGGAGAUGGAGCCAAUAGAGAAGCGUCAGCUUAUUGGAACAACCACAAUAGUCAUUGUGCUUUUCACAAUUCUGGUUUUGGGUGGAGGAACAAUGCCUCUCAUCAGGUUGAUGGAUAUAGAAGACCCCAAAACACGUAGAAGAAACAAGAAAGAUAUUACCCUCAGCAAAACUGAGAAGAUGGGGAAUACGGUUGAAUCUGAACAUUUAUCAGAACUAACUGAGGAAGAAUAUGAAGCGCAAUACAUCAAGCGGCAUGAUCUCAAAGGCUUCAUGUGGCUGGAUGCGAAAUAUUUGAACCCUUUCUUUACACGAAGACUUACUCCAGAGGACCUCCACCAUGGCCGAAUACAGAUGAAAACACUAACCAACAAGUGGUAUGAGGAGGUGCGCCAAGGACCAUCAGGUUCUGAAGAUGAUGAACAGGAGCUGCUCUAGCAUACGGAAUGAUUAAAUAUCUGGGCUUUACUCCAGACUUUGCACACUAUAUCAAGUUUAAUAAAGAUUCAGGAGAAGGGCUGGCACCAAUAUGAUUCAAUUACACAACAUUGCAUUCUGAGCCUCUUAAAAUGUACCUAGUGCCAUCUGUUGGCUGUUCUAAUUUUUUUAAAGAUGAAUACUGUAAAUGUGUUCACUUAAUUCUUCUACAUAAUAUUUUGCAUGUUUAGAUGGCUACUAUGAAGGUGAGCAGUUAAUGCUAAUCUGAGAAAUAUUUAUUAAAAAAAAACUAAAUGUAAAUUAACAUUUGUAUCACAACUGGAUAUGCACUUUAUUGUAAAUAAGAUCACAGUUUUACACUAUCCCCACUUGCGCAUUUUGAUCCUGCAGCAUUUUGAUCGGUUCACAUAGCUGCUAAAUAAGAAAUCCUGCUGCUUUUCCUCCCCCUGCUGCCGUUAGAAAAAUGUACUUGCUUUUUAAUUUGUAACUUAUCUCCACACUUACUUGUCAAAUUGCUGAUGCAGUCACGAUACUUUAAUGUAAAUUUCACCACUAGUAGGUGUUCAAAUCCACUUCUCCCAGAUUUUGAUGAGUUAUGUUUGCUACAUCACUGGAUUGUCCACAAACUUUUUGUCUGGAGCAUCAGUAUGGUUCAAAUAAAUUGCACUUACAAAGGGAUUUUUCAUUCAGUAAUGAUUGAUUUUAAACAAAAAUAUUUGAGCCAUUGCAGAUUUAAUCAUACCACUGGGGUAUACACUUUGUGGCCUUCAAAUGUCCAGACCAAACUGACUUUAGCUUGUGUUUCCUUGUGAACAAUUCAACCUUUGUGUCUCUAAAGGGAUGCAGUUAGCUAUUCAGCAAAAUCAUUGUGCAUUACAAGAAAAAUGCAAGUAGUUCUAUUUCAACCUGAUACCAGAGGCUAGAUACCAGUCAGAAAAUUAGACCACAAUUUUAAAGGCAUAGUCCCCAAGAUAGCAACUAAACAUCACAAUCCUGCUCAAAAUAAAUGACCAAUCCACAGUGUCUGAGUAAUGUGUAUGAAAAUGAGCCUGUUUCUAGAUUCAAUAAGAUCAUGGUUGAUCUGAUUGUGGCCUUAAUUUCACUUUUCAGCCUCCCCUACCCCCUCACUAAUCCUUGGCGAACAGAAAUCUGUCUAAUUCAGCCUUAAAAAAAAUUAAUGAUCCAGCUUCCACAGCUGUUUAGGGGGUGGAACUCCAAAGGUUACCAGCUCUGUAAGAGGUGAAAAUCCUCCUAAGAUCUUAGAUGGGAUGUCCCUUCUUUUGAAACUGCUAUAUAUGAGGCAAGACUCUAUAUCUACCUGAUUAAGCCCCUUCAAACUUUUCAAUAAGAUCACCUCUCAAUUUUUAAAAUGCAAUUUAGUAUUGAUCUAACCUGCUCAACAGUUCCUCUUAAGGCAAUUCCAUAAUCCCAAGAAUCCAUUUAAUGAAACUUCUCUGAACUCCUCAAAUGCAAUUUUAUAUUUCCUUACGUAAAGAGAUCAAUUCCAUAUAAAGUACUCCAGCUAUCAUCUCAGCAGUGCCCUGACCAGCUACAGUAAGAUUCUGCUACCUCUGUACAUCUCCCUAACAAUAAAGGCAACUCCUUUUGCCUUCCUAAUAACUUGAACUGUACCAGUGUGCUAACUUUGUGAAUCAUUUACAAGGCAUCAGGCUUGUUCUUUUGGCAACAUUCUGCUGUCUGCCUGCAUUUAAGUAAUGUUAUGUUAUAAAUAAUAAAAAUGUAUGUAAAUUUG